GGCAGAGGGGAGAGGUUCAAGUGCGGGUUUUCUCCUUGAACCUGGAAGAUUAUGGGUCAAGAGCUGUGUACAAAGACUCUCCAGCCUGGAGGCAGCUGCCAUCGCUGUUGGGAGGGAGGCGAUGCGCACAGCUGCCAGAGGACAGCGCCUGUGCCCGAGCCCGCGGAGGCUGCGAUCGAGCUGACAGACCUAAAAGAAGCAUCAUGUUCCAUGACUUCAUUUCACCCCAGGGGAUUUCGGGCUGUCCGUGCCCGGAAGUUCCAGAGUAAAAGGCCACGGAGUAACAGUGAUUCUUUUCAGGAAGAGGAUCUGAGGCAGGGUUUUCAGUGGAAGAAGAGCCUCCCUUUUGGGGCAGCAUCAUCUUACCUGAACUUGGAGAAGCUGGGUGAAGGUUCUUAUGCUACAGUUUACAAGGGGAUUAGCAGGAUAAAUGGACAACUAGUGGCUCUAAAAGUCAUCAGUAUGAAUGCGGAGGAAGGAGUCCCGUUUACAGCUAUUCGGGAAGCUUCUCUCUUGAAGGGUUUGAAACAUGCCAAUAUUGUGCUCCUACAUGACAUCAUCCACACGAGAGAGACUCUGACAUUUGUUUUUGAAUACAUGCACACAGACCUGGCCCAGUACAUGUCUCAGCACCCAGGAGGGCUUCAUCCUCACAAUGUUAGGCUUUUCAUGUUUCAACUUUUGCGGGGCCUGGCGUAUAUCCACCACCAACACGUUCUUCACAGGGACCUGAAACCUCAGAACUUACUCAUCAGUCACCUGGGAGAGCUCAAACUGGCUGAUUUUGGUCUCGCUCGGGCAAAGUCCAUUCCCAGCCAGACAUACUCUUCAGAAGUUGUGACCCUCUGGUACCGGCCUCCUGAUGCCUUGCUGGGAGCCACUGAAUAUUCCUCUGAACUGGACAUAUGGGGUGCAGGCUGCAUCUUUAUUGAAAUGUUCCAGGGUGAACCUUUGUUUCCUGGGGUUUCCAGCAUCCUCGAACAGCUGGAGAAGAUCUGGGAGGUGUUGGGAGUCCCUACAGAGGAUACCUGGCCUGGAGUUUCCAAACUACCUAACUACAAUCCAGAAUGGUUCCCACUGCCGAAGCCUCGACGCCUUCAGAUUGUCUGGGACAGGUUGGGCAGGGUUCCAGAAGCUGAGGACCUGGCCUCCCAAAUGCUGAGAGGCUUUCCUAGAGACCGUGUCUCGGCCCAGGAAGCCCUGGUUCAUGAGUAUUUCAGUUCCCUGCCAUCUCAGCUGCACCGGCUUCCCGAUGAGGAGUCUUUGUUUACAGUUUCGGGAGUGAGGCUAAAGCCAGAAAUGUGUGACCUUUUGGUCUCCUACCGGAAAGGUCACCACCCAGCCCAGGUUAGCAAAUGCUGGUAAAGAGAGGGAGUGACAUCACCGACAUCCUUUUCAGGGCUACAAUACUGCUGUUUCCGUUUUAAUUUGCUCUGCCUUACUAAGAAGCUUCAAAUCUAACUGCAGAAUGGACCAGGGUUUUCAUACCAUCACCUGUGACCUGGAAUAUUGUGAAUAUGAGGUCUAAGGCCACGGACAUGAUACUUGAAGAAAAAGCAAUGAAUGAUUAUUGCUCUUGUCAUUUGCCAAAAUUGGCCAUUGAUUGGCUCAGAAAUUAGACAACAGACUGAAAUAGUCUGAGAAGGGGAUUUCUGAAUGAUUUCAUCUAUUUUGUGAUUUGAAUGAGAGAUCCCUGGGCCAGAAGGACCACAGGCCUGAUGAAAGGCUAAUUGAUUAAAAGAAUCUGGAGACAGAGCUGGGGCUUACAGGGGCCUGUCCCUCCUGUGUUCACUUACAAUUUCCCCCAACAAAAGGACUUCUGUAGCAAGGAGAGGAUUAGUCUAAAGUUCAGAAAAGUCUCAGGGAAGAUGGUUUCUUGGAUAAAGUUGUCAACAAAAGGACCUGCUGAAAACUCUUUGUUAAGAUUUCCUAGAGGGCGCUUCUGGAUUAUCAAACGGGAUUAUCGAACCACAUUACUACCCCAGGCCUGCUAGAUUUUAGGAGUUUGGA